GUGAUAUCCUCCACCAAUGUCCUGUUCAAUAAAUGGUACUACUACUAGUCUUCCUACGCGAUCAAAGCACUCCAGGCAAGCGGUCACUGUGACCUAACAAUGCCCAAGAUCCCAUCGACGGUUGAACAGACCAACAACACGGAUCUCGACGGCAACGCGGGGAUCAUUGAAUAACCAAGGCCUCAUACGACCUGAUACUCCCACUCAAGUUGACAAGAUCUAUCAAUAUCAUAGAGUGUGAUGAGAUCCUAAUUCAUUUUUUCGCAUUAUAGAGUCAGCAGCACACCAACCCGCCCGGCACGACCUUUCUCUUUCACCGUCCACUCGUUUGACACCAGGGAGCAGGCUCCCUCUUUGUUCCCGCUGCAGAUUUCGCUCCUUUAUUUAUUCAACAGACACCCGAGGUGUCAAUCUGCCAAUGGAAGGACGCAGUAAAUGAUCCAUCUUGCCACCUUUCGUUCGUAAACGCUAUAACCUCGUUUCUAGACAGCACUCAUAAUCAGCCUGCCUCUGUGAACAUCGUCAAUGGAACCUAUCCCCAACUGAUCACAUUCCUCGUGUUGAACGUUGUACCUUCGCAUUCAGCACUACCUCUACUCGUCUUUCUCGUUCUCUCGAGAAAAAUCCAGCGACAUGCAACGUUUGUAAACUUGAUGUUGGUAUUCAUUAUUGUUGGAAUAUCUUCAAGCGUUCUUUUGUACGCCGGGAAGCAUGAAGGCCCAGAGCCAUCCAAAUUGUUGUGUCUCUUACAGGCGUCUCUGCUAUAUGGAGUACCUGCCAUAUCUUCGAUGGCCGCUUUGAUGCUGGUCCUUCAGAUGUUCCUUGUCAUUCGCGAGUCUUUCUAUGGUCGAACAUACAUGGAGAGAGAUCAUGUUUUCCGUUCUUGGAUAAUGGUCAUGGCACCCUAUGUUGCGUGGCUAAUUAGUGUUGUGGCAACAGCGGCAGUUGGUUCCGCUAGCCCUGGAAACGUGUCCAGAAACAGACGGUUUUUCUAUUGCUCGGUGAAGUCGGACCCUCUAACGGACACAAUCACAACUGUGGCUGCUUUUAUUUUGUUUGCCACGAUUACGUUCGAAGCUGCGACCGUCGUGCUCUUCUACAAGCGAUGGGUCCAGGUACAACAGGGGUCAUCGUCGAAAGCAAUUGACCUCAACUUACCCAUCCGAAUCCUGUCGUUCGGGCUUUACUUGGUGAUUGCGAUGAGUAUGAGUCUACUGUCCAUCAAGACACCACAAAGUCCAGCACCUGAUUUGAUUAUAGCUUCUGCUUCCAUGGUCGUCGUAUUGAUCUUUGGAACUCAGCGGGACAUCCUUCGAGCGUUGUGCUUCUGGCGUACUCAGGAUCGCCAGGAUCCCCAUGUCUCGCUCAAUGACACCGAGAGCAUCGGUAGUGUAACGAAGGGUUGAGUGGGUUUGAUUGUGAUUUUAAUUUAUUGAUUCUUAUGCUUAUCGCCUUUGUCCCGAGAUAUGGUCAUGUAUAGUAGCUUUUAUAAGACAAAUGUCAAAAGAAUUCGUUUUCCUGAACGCUCU